CCCUUCCCUCCGGCCGCCCGGUCUCCGCGGGAUGAAGGGAUCGUAGCGCCGCGGCCGCCUCCGCCAUGAAGCGGAAGAGCUGGGCCGAAGCGCGGCGCCGCGCAGCCCCACCGCCGCCCGCGCUGAAGAGGACGAGGAGCGCGGCGUCGCGGGCGGCGGGGGGCGAGGAGGAGCGGCGGCGGCAGCUGCCCCCCGCCGGGCUGGAGACCUGCCUGAGGAUCGCGGAUCGCCUUUAUUUUGCAAUUCUCUACCAAAAACCAAAGAGUGGAGCUGCAAAUACCCAUUAUUUCUGCAUAGAUGAUGAACUUGUGUAUGAGAACUUCUAUGCUGACUUUGGACCACUCAAUCUGGCAAUGGUCUACAGAUACUGCUGCAAGCUAAAUAAGAAAUUAAAGUCAUUUUCAUUGAUAAGGAAGAACAUAAUUCAUUAUACUGGCUUUGAUCAGAAAAAGCAGGCGAACGCCGCAUUCCUUAUAGGCUCCUACGCAAUAAUAUACCUGAGAGAAUCCCCAGAAGAAGUGUACAGGCUUAUAUUGUCGGGAAAUGUUUCAUAUCUUCCUUUCAGGGAUGCUUCCUUUGGUACUUGCAGCUUUCAUCUGACAUUACUGGACUGUUUUCAUGCAAUAAGCAAGGCUUUGCAGCAUGGUUUCCUGGAUUUUGGUACGUUUGAUGUAAAUGAAUAUGAGCAUUAUGAAAGAGCAGAAAAUGGAGAUUUUAACUGGAUAAUACCAAACAAAUUCAUUGCCUUCAGUGGACCUCAUUCAAGAAGUAAAAUUGAAAAUGGCUAUCCCCACCAUGCUCCAGAGGCUUAUUUCCCAUACUUCAAGCAACAUAAAGUCACCACUAUAAUACGCCUCAACAAAAAACUGUAUGAUGCCAAACGAUUUACAGAUGCUGGAUUUGAGCAUUUUGAUCUCUUCUUUGCUGAUGGAAGUACACCUAGUGAUACUAUAGUUAAAACAUUUCUAAAUAUUUGUGAAAAUGCUGAAGGUGUAAUAGCUGUUCAUUGCAAAGCUGGUCUUGGACGAACUGGUACACUUAUUGCCUGUUACAUCAUGAAGCAUUAUCGGAUGACAGCUGCUGAAACUAUUGCCUGGAUCAGAAUAAAUAGACCUGGUUCUGUGAUUGGGCCACAACAGCAUUUCCUGAUGGACAAACAGGCAGAACUUUGGACAGAAGGGGAUAUUUUCCGUGCAAAGUUGAAACGAAACCAUAAAAUUGCUGUAACGAGAAUUCUGUCAGGAGUAGAUGAUAUUUCAAUUAAUAACACAAGAAACAGGAGAACCAUCCAAAAGGACAUUGAACUGUACAGUGAUGAUGAUGAAACAAGCUAUGUAACACAAGGGGAUAAGCUUCGUGCUCUGAAAAGCAAAAGGCAAGCAAAAACCCCAACUGCAUCUCCACUAGCAUGGCUCCUAGCUAUGCUGGUGUCUACACUGUGUAGCAUUGUCAUCUGGUGGAUUGUAUGUGGCUCCCUUCUGCCCAGCCUGCUAUUCUGUCUAGAUGGUUUAAGAACAUAAUAACCAUCAGGACCCCCUGAGAGAGAGCCACUGUCCAAUCCGUCACAAAGACUAGAACAGUAUUGCGCUGAAUUUCGAAUAAGGCACCAGUGUUGAAGAGGAUAUUCAGGAGUGAAGGGGAUAUGGAGGGGACUUGAUGCAAUUCAAGGAGGAUCACUUUGGCUCUAUUUUUCAGCAAAAAAAAAUGGAAUAGAACAAUCUCUUUCUUACUUGUAGAAUAAAAUGAAUGGUCAACAUGUUUGGUAGACCUUUUUCUACCAUGCUAACACUUUCUCAAAACCCACAAAAUCUACGUACAUUUAGACUCAGGUGUAAAUAUUUAAGCUCUCUAUUAUAAAGAGGGCUUGCUAGUAUGUAUGAUGCAUGUGUAUGAAUUGUGAUGGCAAUCACUUAGAUGCUGACUACCAAAUGGUGGGAGCUUUUAAGUAUAUAAAUCUGUAUUGUGCAUUCAGACUGGGCUGAAUUCUUGAGUCUGAGAAUCAACCACAAAAGCUUUUUUUUCUAAUAGUAUUGGUACUCUCCUAUGUUGAUUUCUUUCUUACUUUGUAUGAAGUUUUUUAUGAAGCUGCAGUAUUGAGUACACAAUGUAACUAUUGUCCACCAAAGUGCUUUAUUGUCAACGGUUGUGUGGUUUAUUUAGGACAAACUAAUUGUAAGUGAUUAACUUGUUUUUAAUAGUGACAGCUUUUUAGUUGUUCACAACCAAUUGCUCUUUGAACUAGUUAUAACUAGUUUAUAAAUUUGCUUUAAAUCUGGUAUGAUUUUAAAGGGAGGAAGAACACUACCGUUUAAAGCAGUGUUGUCAUAUUGAAAUGUCAUUACUGUUUAAUCACUGAAAAAUUACAGUUUCUUUUCCUAUCAAGUCCUUUAGGUGAAACUUUAAAUUACCAUAUAUGAAAGGUAAGAAUUACCCCCAGAUUUCAUUGGUAUGCUUUGGUAACAUGUGGACAGUGAUGGUUUUUAUCUUUGGAAUGCUUUAUGAGUGCAGCACACAAAAAAAUGGAAAAUAAGGGUGCCCUACAACUGAGGUAGAGGAAUUCAGGGACAGAUAAAAAUUUCUGACACCUAACACUUUAAGAACUACAAUUUAUCUCUGUUAAAAAGCAAUUUUAAAAAGUAAUUUUUAGAGGAAUCUACUUGGGACUGAAAUUUUCAUCCCCUACAGGACUGCAGUGUUCUUUUUUCCUAAGACUUUUCAUAUUAUGACAUUUCAAAAUUGAUGUAUCCUUGUCCACCAGUUGAUGGAUUAUAGCUGCAUAUCUCUCAGAUGAGGGCUGUUACCACAUAGCCUUAAAUAUCAAUCAAUUAGCUGUUGAUUUAAUGACUCUUACAGUAGAAAGUGGCAGAAAUGGAAAAAUCUGAAAUGUUAGUAAUGGAAUAACUGAAGUUUUUAAAGAUGCAUAUUACCUCUGUGAGGGAGGGAAGUUUAUUUCAAUGAAAGUAAAUGUUCAGUGACUAGUUUCAAU